AUGGCAGACAAGCUCACAGCAGAGCAAAUCGAAGAAUACAAAUUGGCUUUUGCUCUGUUUGACCAGGAUGGAAGUGGAAAGAUUGUGGGAAGUGAGUUGAGCAAUUUGAUGACAUCAGUCGGUCAGAAGCCAACGGAAGAAGAGCUACAGGUAAUAUUUAUGAUGGCUGAUUUGAACAAUGACAAAGCCAUCGAUUUCGACGAGGAUGAAGUGGUGAAAUGUCUGCGCUAUGAGACGGCGGCUCAGCGGCAAAAGCUGUUGAAAGAGGCUGAGAUUCUCGAAUGCCUCAACCAUUACAAUAUCCUCUCGCACAGUCGACUGAGUCAAGAUGUGAUCUUUAGGGGACAUCGAAUGUUCGGGAUUUUUACCGAAUACUGCGAUGGAGGAACCCUUGCAUCGUUAAUCUCCGACACAAGAGUCAUUUACUCGAUCAACUCGUGCCUUCAAUGGUACUAUCAACUCUUUUCUGCACUCAAAUAUCUGAAUGAACGCCAACCGAGUGUCGUCCAUCAAGAUCUCAAGCCAACAAACAUAUUUCUGACAAAGCCAAAGUAUUUUCUGAAAAUCGGCGAUUUCGGAAGCGUGAAAGAAGACGAUCACACGUGCAAUAUCGACAUGUUUAACGGGGUCACUCCCCGUUAUCUCAGCCCAUCUUUCAGCGAUUUUGGAGAAAGAACAAUGGCCACCAUUUUGCCGCCACUUGAGAUCUCCCACAAAAAUGACGUCUACUCGGCUGGUGUUUGCAUUUUGGAGACGAUGACCCGAGGAGUGAUCGAGCUGGAAGUGAGUAAAAGCGAGGACGGAAAAGGGGAAUCGGGGCAGUUCUGGAGGGAGCUCUUCCUGCGGCGUCCCUUCAAUUAUCUUCAAUUUUGUCGGGGAAUUCAACAAGGAAAACUCCUCGAGUUUUGUGUGCCAUCGUGUACGCUCCAGCGUUUCCGUCGAACGAUCAAAAAAUGUCUGCUGUUCUCUCGCGAUCAACGACCGACUGCUGCUCAAGUGAUCGAGGAAGUCGAGCCGGAACUCUCUGAGGUGGUAGAGUUUUUGCGUGAAAAUGGCACGUAUCGCGAUGGAAUCGAGCCGCGGCCGAUCAUCGACGAGACCCAACAGACGCUUGUCAAACCGCUUGGCAUCGACGGAACGAGCAAUCUAGUGCCCGUGUAUGACUACUGCAAUCAGUCUAGCGACGGCUCGACGAUCAGCUUUCACAGGCUUUCGUCGAGUGAUGAGACUGACUUUUCUGAGUUCAACAUCUGUCUGUUGCGCAAAUUCCUCCGUGGAUGUCACGCGAAAAUCGUGGAGCCGAAGAAGAAAUUUGUCGGCCGUUUACACCCCUACAACAGCACGCCGAGAUUCAAUUACUUUGAUGCACCGCGAAAGAAAUACGUGAAACGAGUCGUCGAGAAUUAUUCCACGUUGGCUGAUCGAGAAAAAGAGGAUUUCCUCACAAAGGUGCCCACUCUUCUCGAAAAGCGAAAGCAGCAGAAGCUUGUCUACGUAGAGCCGAAUACUUGUGCCGAAGAAAAAGAGAAACUCGCGCGCCUUUUCCAGUCGACUGACAUCUUCGAUAAUUUCUCUGCUAUUCUCCUCUUUGACUAUCUUCGAUUCUGUGAAGCGAUUGAGGGCUGGUCAAUGAAAAAGCUCGGCUUCAAAGAGAACUCCGUAUUUCCAUGGAGUCAACGAAAGCCAACCGAUAAUUUCCAAAGUUAUUUCGGCUAUCUGAAAACUCACACAUAUUCGCCACGACUUUUUCUCCGAGAUUAUUUAUCAAUGGACACAAAAAAGGACUGGUAUCUGCUGGCUGUCAACGAGUCAAAGUUUAUCAGCGGUGAUCUCACACAAGUCCAGCGUUUCGAUGGCGCUUUCCUUGACACAAAACGGGAAAUCUUUUUGGUGAACAAAGACAAAAACGAGAUGCGAUUUGUUAGAGAUCGAGCUUUUGAUCCAUAUCAAUUUGUUCAAAGAGCUGACACAGAGGCCGCAGUAAACAACGAGAUGGUCCGAUUUGAAGUGGAUCGCUUUGUGCUUCUGCUAACAAAUAAGAAAAGCAGUUCGAAUUUGGCAAUUCUCGACAAUUUGCCGAUUCCGGGGUAUAUUUUCGAAAGUCGAACACCACCAAGAAAACUCUGCUCUCAUGAGCCGUCGUGUGAAAUGGCAGGGUUUCCCCAGCGUGACUUUUUCGCUCGCCAGUACGACAGUGUGGAGAACGGUGGGCUUCAAUUCCCUUACUACAAAUGCACUUCCGAGCUCGAGCUCGCCUAUAUGAAUGCGUGGCUUGAGGUGCUCGAGGUUCUCGACGAGCCUCUACAAGCUGUAUUUCCGUUUCGCUUUCCCUCGUUGAGCACACCAUUCAAAAUGAGCGCUGAUCCAGAGUUCAUUAACAGGGAAAUCACAAGGAGUUUUGUUUUUCAGAAGAUUCCCGAUAGAAAUGGAGGCUUUCUUACCCUUCUCGGUCAUCCAAAAAACUAUCGAGAGUAUGAGAGAGUGAUUUGCUUAAAUUUCGAGACGAAAGACGUGCAAACAAUUGCAGUUUCAAGAUUGGCAGAGAAGCUAAAAGAAGAAACGUUGAGUUAUGUGAUCGCGAGAGCUUGUGUUAACCAAUUCGAAUUUCAAUAUCUUGACAAAAAUGGAGUGAUAGAAACGAGUGAAAGA